AUGCCACCCAAGAGUGGCUUCUCGCGCACGCGCAACAUUGCCUAUGAGGACGACGAUGACGAUGACAUCUACGAUGACUACGACUACGAUAAUGAGGGCGACGAGGAAGGCGACGCCGCGACCGAGCACGACAAGGAGCAAAUGCGCAUGGCUACUAUCCGUGUACGAGAAGCUCUGCCAGAUGUGAGCGACUUCAUCAGCGACGAACAGGUCCAGGAAGCGCUGUGGCACUACUAUUACGACGUUGGGAAGAGUGUGACCUACCUGAAGAACCGCAUCGGCGCCGGUGCAGCUUCAGAGACGAGGCAGGAACCGUCCAAGAAACCAAAGCAAGCCUCGCGUUUUGACCAGGCUGCAAGUGCUGCACAUCAAAAUGCACCUCCUACUACAGGUAAGCUCACUUAUGCACUCUGUUAG